UUCAGAGUCAAACAUGAAGAUACUGAGGAACAAACAGACCUGAUGGCACUGAUAGAGGAGAGUCAAGAACUGAAUGAAACGGAAGAGAAAAAUCAAAAUGAGAAACUUCAUGAUUUCAAAACUGAAGAAAAAUAAAUUAGUUGCUCACAGACUGAAAAGACUUCCUCACAAGAAAAAACUCAAAAAACACAAACUACAAACCUUAAUUCCCACAUGAGAAUUCACACUGGAGAGAGACCUUACAUCUGCCAACAGUGUGGAAAAAAAUUCAAACAAAAAGGACGCCUUAAAGUCCACAUGAAAAUUCACAUUGAAAAGAAACCGUUAAUAUGCCUUGAAUGUGGAAAAUGUUUUACACGGAAAAAAAACCUUAAGACUCACAUGAGAAUUCACACUGGAGAGAGACCUUAUACCUGCAAACUGUGUGGAAACAGUUUUAUACUAAAAAGUCACCUUAAUGCCCACAUGAGAAUUCACACCGGAGAGAAACCUUACACCUGCAAACUGUGUGGAAAGAGUUUCUCACAAAAUGGAGGUCUUAAGACUCACAUGAUAAUUCACAUUGAAAAUAAUCCAUUAAUAUGCUCUCAGUGUGGAAAGAGUUUUACACAGAAAAAAACCCUUAUUGCCCACAUGAGAAUUCACACUGGAGAAAAGCCUUUUACCUGCCCUCAGUGUGGAAAGGGUUUCAGGCUCAAAGAAAACCUUAGGACUCACAUGCGGAUUCACACUGGAGAGAAUCCAUUCACGUGUGGUCAGUGUGGAAAGAGUUUCAGAUAUAAAGAAAACCUUAAUAAGCACAUGAAGAUUCACUCAAGAGAGAAGAGUUUUAAAUGUCAUCAGUGCGAAAGGAGUUUUACAGACACGAAUCACCUUAAGAAUCCUGUUAAAAUUCACAUCGGAGAAAAGCCUUUCAUGUGCCAUCACUGUGGAAAGAGCUGCUCAAAAGAAGGAAACCUCAAGGUUCACUUGAGAAUUCACACUGGAGAGAAACCUUUCACCUGCGAACAGUGUGGAAAGAGUUUCACGGUAAAAGUAAACCUUCAGAUUCACAAGGUAGUUCACACUGUAGAAAAGCCUUACAAGUGUCUGCAGUGUGAGAAGAGUUUCAAAAGUCAAAGCAGCAUGAAACGUCAUUUGAAAACUCAUUCUGGGAAAAACUUGCCAUUUUCCUCAGAGUGACGAGAGUUUUAGAAAAAGCAAUUUCUGCAAUCAUCUGUGCAUUCAUUCUGGAAGACAAUUCAAUUGUAGUCAGUGUACUAAAAACAUUAUUUGCCAUCACACUUACAGAUUCAUAUGAAAAGUCAUGCAAAUGUGAGACUCUGUUUGUGUUUGUUAAAGAGUAUGACAAGAAAAAAAUGCUGUGUGAAAUCAAGGCUAUGUUCACACGCUAAAUGUGGGCUACAUCUGAUUUUCACCUUCAUGCAUCCUUCAAGCUUCACCAUAAUGCUUUUUAUUUUCUUUUGAUCAUCUUCUUUGCUGUAGUUUCAAAUAUUGAGCGGUUACAGU